ACGACAGCCACAAAUUGGCUCUAUUUCCGUUGGAGGGAAAAGCAGUAAAGUUUUUAGAAGAGUGGUGAUAGGUUUAAUAUUGUUUCAUUAGUAUUUGGUUUCACAAAUGGGUGAUCGUUUGAAAGAAUUGCGUGAGAAAUCACUGAAGCGAAAGCAGCUUCUUGCACAAGCCUUGGGUGUCAGUUCUCCUGAUGGAUUAAAAACAGUACUCAAGACAGGAGAUGGUCAAGAAGAGAAAAAGCCGUCGACAAGCAGCCAACCUGAUUUCCCGGUUGUGAAGAAAAGAACAGAGGAGCAGCAGGCCGAGGAACCACAUGUCUGGAGUGAUCCCAACCAAAAACAGAAAGAUAAUGAUGGAGAAAAAGAUGACUUUGAUACUGAAGAGAUGUAUAGAGACUCUAGCACCUUCCUGAAGGGGUUGCAGAGUGCCAAUCCUCACAAUGACUACUGCCAGAACUUUGUAGACACUGGUGAAAGACCCCAGAAUUUCAUUCGUGAUGUUGGUCUAGCCAACAGGUUUGAAGAGUACCCCAAACUGCGAGAACUCAUUCGACUGAAGGAUGAACUCAUAUCCAAAACCAGUUCUCCUCCCAUGUACUACAACUGUGACCUGGAGACAUUUGAUCUUCGAGAGCUUCAGUGCAAGUUUGAUGUGAUCCUGGUUGAACCCCCUCUGGUGGAGUACCAGAGAACUAAAGGGGUUGUGUUUGAUCGGUACUGGAACUGGGAUGAGAUUGAACGCUUGGAUGUUCCUGCAAUAGCUGCCCAGAGGUCCUUCUUGUGGAUCUGGUGUGGCAAUGCUGAGGGCCUAGAGAGAGGCAGACAGUGUCUGAAGAGAUGGGGCUUCAGGAGAUGUGAAGAUAUUUGUUGGAUCAAGACUAAUAUUAAGAAUCCAGGACACAACAAAAAUCUGGAACCCAAUGCUAUCUUCCAGAGAACAAAGGAACACUGUCUGAUGGGGAUCAAGGGUACAGUGAAGAGAAGCACAGAUGGAGACUUCAUCCAUGCCAACGUUGACAUAGACCUCAUUAUUGAAGAGGAGCCUGCUUAUGGUUGUAAGGACAAGCCUGUGGAAAUAUUCCAUAUCAUUGAACACUUCUGUCUUGGGAGGAGAAGAAUCCAUUUGUUUGCCAGAGACAGUACCAUCAGACCAGGCUGGCUGUCUAUUGGUUCGGAAGUCACAAGCAGUAACUUUGACCCGGAGGUUUAUGCCAGAUUGUUUCCUGAUGAGUCUCAUCAUGUGACGGGAUGUACAGAGGAGAUUGAGAGACUUCGACCAAAGUCCCCUCAGCCCAAAAAUAAAAAUAAUAAUUCAGAUCGGGGUGGAAAGGGUCAAGGGAGAGGUUCAAACAACCGUGGUGGGCAACAAAGGGGAGGUCACUCUAAUCGCAACAUGAGAGGGGGACAUCCAGGCCGGGGCAACAUGAGAAGGGGUAUGGGACGGGGUGGGUUCAAACCCAGGAAUGCACGAUAGUAGAUCACUUUGAAGGUGCAUGUUUGUAAAUAGGGCCUUAUGUUCCAAUUUUUAAAUAAACUGACAGCAUUUCCAGAUUGGUAUUUGGGGAAUUUUUCUCAUUAUUAUUGAAAGGGAGUCCGGUCACUGUAAAUAUAUUUUUCUACUUUUACACAAAAAAAACAAUGCUUUGCAGAAAGAUUCUAUGUUGCCAGCUAAAAAACUAAGCAAAGAAAGAUAUGUGUAUACAGAUUGUAAAUGUUGUCAUUCCAUUACAUGUAUAUAAAUCAUUGUCAUCAGA